UGGCCGACUCUGGGAGUUUUCGCUCGUUGUAUUGUAUUACGAGUACGUAUAUAUAUAGUAGAUCCGAUUUUUACUCUGUAUAAAACAAAACGAUAACCAAUAGUUGUCCUAAAAAUUAAAUAUUCCAUUUUGUGCUUGACCCAAGUGAGAAAAAAUUCCACGACAAGUCAGGGAAAGUAUAGAGUACAAUUACCAGAGUACAACAAAGCAUAAACUAUUCUCUAAAUUCUAAGUCAACUACGGGGCUUAAAAGCAAUCCGUGUUAUUUCGGGAUUCUCGAGACGGCAACAAGACGGCGAAAUCAAACUCGUCGUCUGGAGGAGGAGGUGGUGGAGACAAAGCAACAAUGGUCAUUGAAGAUGCAGAGCGUCUCAAAGGAUGGCUUACUGCCAUCCUGCAGCCACUUUGCGAUGCUGACCCAGCAGCACUGGCGAAAUAUGUCCUUGCCCUCAUUAAGAAAGAUAAACCGGAGAAGGAGCUCCGGCAGAGCAUGUCCGAUCAGUUGGACGUUUUCCUACAAAAUGAAACACAGACGUUCAUUGAUCGCCUCUUUGAACUGCUCCGAACCAAGGAGUACUUGACAAAAAUUCCUCCUCCCAUCAUACCAAAAGAAGAGCCAGCCAUGCCUACCUUCGAUGUCGGCUCUUCCUCCGAAUCGAUAUCCGGGUAUAGUGGGUCAACUACUGGGUCCAGCAGUAACUUUAGUCUCAGUGGGCGGAGUAAAGAGUCCGAUAAAGGUUCUUCAAGCAAUACUGGUGAUAAUAAUGACUCGGAAUCAACGGUCAGCACGAGCUCUGAGAAAGAAAAAGAAAAAGGCACUGAAACAGCCAACCCUGUAAGCAGCGGUGGCAGCACCAAGAAAGAUGUUCGAAAAGAGGAUGAUCGAGACCGAGGUCGUCGGAGGAGAUCACGUUCUCCAAUUCGACGUAGAGGAGCAAGGUCCAGGAGUCGUAACAGGGACAAGAAAUAUCAUCAAAGGAAAAAUUGGCGCAGCGCGCGUCGAAGUCGAUCACGAUCUCCCUUUCGGUCAUCUUCAGCUGGGAGGAAUCGUAGCAGGUCGCCACCUCGAUAUCGUGGUCGCCACGGUGGUUCUCGCUCAAGGUCCCGAUCUCCAAAAAACAUUGCACCACCCCGGUCUCCAGGUAAUAUGCGUGACAAGAUGGACACGAAAGAUAAUAUCUCUCGCUCGGUAUUAAACAUUGAUGACCGCAUCCCAGAGGUUGGGCUCAAAGACGUGGAAAAACCGGCAUUACAAAGUGUUGUUGUAAAAGCCGGAGCAACUGUCGAAAAGAUUGAGAGUAAUGAUUAUACUUUCAUUGGAGGGAAUAGGUGUAGGGACUUCGAUGAAAAAGGAUUGUGCAUGCGAGGCGAACUUUGUCCUUUUGACCACGGGAAUGAUCCUGUCGUUCUCGAAGAUGUUGUGAUACCAGGGGUUAAUAGCGCGUCAGGUCGAUACAACCAAGCUGAUAGUUUUGUUGGUGCUAACAUGUUGAGACCUGGCAUGGGAGAGUACUAUCCGGAUAAUCCAGGGAUGGACCACACAGCUUGGGGCUUGCAGUUUCGACCACGAAUGGGCUUUGACCCAAUGAUGCGAGGCCGGCCCAUGAUGCCACGACCAAUGGGACCAUUUCCGCCACCCGCAGCCCAUCGAGAUUUGAUAAGCAUCCCUGUAAUGGGCCAAUCGCCAAUGGAUACAAAUCCCCACCCAAUGUCUGGCUUGCAUCCACGUAUGCACAUGGGUAGAGGUCGAGGUCGAGGUGGGUUUGAUCACAGCCGUCUUGGAUUCAAGCCCGUUAGGAACUAUGCAAAUUGUUCAUUGGAAGUAAAGAAGGUCCCACGCGAGCAUAACAACAUCAUGGAUUUGAACAGUCACUUUCAAAAGUUUGGAAAAAUUGUCAACAUUCAGAUCCAGUUUGAAUCUGAUCCUGAGGCUGCGUUAGUUACAUUUAGCGCACCAGCAGAAGCUCAAGCUGCUUACCGUAGCACUGAAGCAGUCCUAAAUAACCGGUUCAUUCGUGUAUUUUGGCACAGCAAGGAAAAGGAAAACGAGGACGCGACCGAAGAACCUGUUCGUGUUCCAGCAAAGGAUCGUCUAGGUGGGAUUGAAGGUGAAAUGAACGAUCUUCAGGAAAAAAUCCUAGUCUCAGGAAAUAAUAUCACGAAAACUGUUUACAAUCACUCGCUUUUAGCAAAAAAGACUGAUGCAGCUGCUGAGAAGAUUCAGGCUGUUGAAGCCAUAAAGAAAAAUCAAGAAAUGUUAGCUGCUCAAGAAACGUUAAAGAAGAAACAAGAAGAAAAGAAAAAAGAGGCAAUUAGGAUUAUUGGUGAUCUUCGAAAACGUAAACAGGAUAUGCUAGACGAACAAAUCAAGUCCCAAAAGAAGUUGAUCUCUAAACUGGAAAACAAGAAAAUCACAAUGAAGCCGGAAGAAGUUGCCGAAUGUAUGUCUCUUAUAAAAGCUAUUCAAGUGCAAAUUGAAAGAAUCAAGAAGGAUCUCGAGGAAACAGCUCCAAAGUCUCAAGAUAUUCCAAAAAGCAAGGAAGAGGCCGAGCGAGAAAUGUUGGACGCUGAGCUGGAGUUGUACAACAAAGAGCAAGAGGGUGGAGACACCCUGGCUCUUCAACGGAAAAUUUCGGAUCUUAGGGCUACGGCAAGGCAGCUUGGAGUUCACUUCCGUGGCCGUGGUGGAUUUCGGGGUGCAGGUGGUCGAGGGGGGUUCACUGGACGUGGACGGGGUGGAAGACAAACGCUUCGAGCCUUGCGUACAGUUGAUCGUCGCCCAACUCGUAUAAAAAUUACAAAGUUCCCUGUCGCUCGGCUCCCGGAAAUUUUACCACAUUUUUCACAAUUCGGGACAAUUACGGAAUAUGAAAGCGACACUGUCACGCCCAGCAUGGUGCUGAAUUUCGAUUCACGCAAGAGCGCCGAAUCCGCCGUGACCAAUGGAAAGAUUUUUGGGGAAUCCGAACUUGAUAUCACUUGGGUCGUCGGUGGGGCUGUAGAAGGUGGAGGAGAUGCGCAGAUUGACACCAGCAAUGGCGACGGGCCUCACCCACCCUCAGCGGAAAAUGGUGCCUCCAUGGAAGAGGAUGAGCUCGGCGACAUUUUAGCCAAUGAAAUCCUGCUGACCUACGAAGAAGAGGAAGAAGAAGAUGACAACAAUCGAAGUUGGAGGAGGUAGAACGAGAGAGGGAGGGAUCUUAGUCAAAUGUGUAAAAUAUUCCGUUAGGGACUAUAUUAUAUUAUUCUUGUAAAACUACGUAUUUCUAAUCACACUUUGCGGUCCCAUUUAUCUAUUCGUACUAAUUUUCUUUUUUUCUACGGGGGGUAAGCCAUUUACUAAUUCGAUAAAGGUAGUUUAUUUGUUGAUGCAGAGUUAGAUAGAACUACAAAUUUCAAAAUCUAUAAGCGUUAAACGGAGCAAACAUAAAUUUAAAUUAUGCGAAAAUUAGCUAUCAUUAUCAUCUAUGCCAGCUUUACAACAAAGAUAUACAUGUUAUUAAAUGUUAUAGGGACGAUGUAUUUUUGCAAAUUUAUCAUCUCGUAACUUAUGCCACUUACCUACCUACCUACAACCUAUUAACUUUUAAUAUUGUGAGGUAACACAAAUGAGUGAUAUCCUUCGUAGCUAUACGGAAUGUUUUAAAAUUUUCUAGGAAUGUAAUGAUACAAAGUUGUUCUAUUUUACUUCGGAUGCAAAUUCGAACCCAAUUCAUAAAAAUAUCUAAACUCCAGUUUUUAGCCGUAAGUAAAUAAGGAAUUUGUUGUUUUUAGUUAUAGAUUUUACAAAAAUCUAAUCUUUGUUAAAUUAAUCUGUUUUGCGGAUACACAUUUUAAAAGUUUUAGUAGUUGCUCUAUCUUGGAAACAAACAUUAGGUAUCUAUCAUUUUAAAUUACCUGUUAUUAUCUUGAUCAAUUCACUAUUAUUAUUAUUAUUAUUAUUGUUAUUAUUAUUGUUAUUAUUAUCGUUGUAACUAUUAUUAAAAUUAUUCGAGUUAUGUUAAUGUUCCAUUAUAAUGUCUGUUCUUAUUAAAAAAGUAUACAAUUCUCAAUUCCUUACAUAUUAUCAUGUUAAGCGCUUGAUUUAACGUUAUGCUUGUAUAGAAAGAAAUGUAAAUUUAUAUAGUAUUGUGUUGAUUGAUUUUAAAGUGUCAAAAUAUUGUUGAAAAUGUUUAUUUUUUAAAACAAUUAAAAAAUUACUGGCAAUGAAAAAAGUCCAUCUUACAAAAGAAUAAGAUUUCAUGGAAAGUUAUUAUUAUGAAAAGAUCAAAAAAUUAUAAAAAAGAAAAAUCUAAACUUUCCCAAGCAAAAAAUCAAGUAAACCACUGAACCAGUCAAUAAAAUAUCGACUUUAUUAACUUUCUUAUCCGAAAAAAUAUA